UAGCCACCUAAGUGACCUAGGAAACAAAAUCCUCUGACACUACUAAAAGCCCCACACAAAAAUAGUACUACUUACUAGGAGAAGUAAAAACUCGGGUCACUUUGCCAUCAUCUUCUACUACUGUGUACUUGCCGACCCAUUCUUGAUUUUGAUGGCUUCUUUGACUUUGCCUUCGUCUUCUUCUACUAAAAACAGUCGUCUUUCUUCUUGUUUUUAUUCUUCUUGCUCGUCCCUCAGUUGCAGGAACUUCGUUCCUAAACAAACACGGGGUCCCAACUACAUCAAUUGUGAAAUCAAUGAACCAGCAAAUGAGAAGCCUAUUGUGCCAAUCAUUAAUGAUGAGACACUUCCAACAUUCUUGCAAGCCAAACGCCUACAGAAUGCAGUUGACAGAAACUAUAACAAGCUGAAACCAAAGCUGAAGAUAUUUUCUGGAACCGCAAAUCCUUCACUUUCUCAGGAAAUUGCUUGGAACAUGGGGCUUGAACUAGGAAAGGUCAACAUCAAGCGCUUUGCUGAUGGUGAAAUUUAUAUCCAGUUGCAAGAGAGUGUUCGAGGAUGUGAUGUUUUCUUGAUUCAGCCCACUUGCCCUCCAGCCAAUGAAAACCUCAUGGAGCUUUUGGUGAUGGUAGAUGCAUGCCGAAGGGCUUCAGCCAAAAAUAUCACUGCGGUGAUUCCAUAUUUUGGAUAUGCCAGAGCUGAUAGGAAGACACAAAGUCGUCAAUCCAUUGCUGCCAAAUUGGUUGGGAACAUUAUAACAGAAGCAGGUGCAGAUCGUGUUCUAGCUUGUGAUCUCCACUCUGGGCAAUCCAUGGGUUAUUUUGACAUUCCAGUGGACCAUGUAUACUGUCAGCCUGUUAUCCUUGAUUACCUUGCUAGCAAGAAGAUUUCUUCCAAUGAUCUAGUGGUGGUCUCUCCUGAUGUUGGGGGAGUUGCUAGAGCACGUGCUUUUGCAAAAAAGUUAGCUGCACCUUUAGCCAUUGUCGAUAAAAGACGCCAGGAGCAUAAUAUUGCUGAGGUCAUGAACCUGAUUGGUGAUGUUAAAGGAAAAGUUGCAGUCAUGGUGGAUGACAUGAUUGACACAGCAGGGACUAUUUCCAAAGGUGCAGCACUUUUGCACGAGGAGGGAGCAAGGGAAAUUUAUGCAUGUUGUACACAUGGUGUUUUCAGCCCCCCUGCAGUUGAAAGGUUGUCAAGUGGCCUAUUUCAAGAGGUUAUCACCACAAACACAAUUCCAGUGAUGGACAAAAAUUAUUUCCCUCAGCUGACAGUUCUUUCAGUUGCAAACCUUCUUGGUGAAACAAUUUGGCGCGUACAUGGUGCUUGUUCUGUGAGUAGCAUUUUUCAGUAGGUAGGAGUAAAUUUUUCCAUGGUAUUUCGACAGGUGUUUUUCCUUAUAGCUAAAUAGAAACUAUAACAUUUUCACAGCAUUUUACUCUUUAAGUUAAAUUAGUAGGAUUAAGGUAGCCAUGUGCUUGGGACUUGACCUCCUCAUUUUGCUGUGUUUUUUUCUUUUAGUGCAUGCAAAGAAAUUGAUCAAAUGGGACCAGAUAGGGAAGUAUUGGGAGAAUGAUGUUAAUGGGAUGUGCAAUGAAUACAUUUCAGGAAAUUGUUUCUCUGUUUUUUUUUUUUUUUUUUUGGGGGUAAACUGGCGCUUUUUUUAUUACUUUAUCCUUCCGCAAAUACAGCAACAAAGACAUCUAACAGAAACAUAACUCAGAACUUCCUAUGUAUCUCUUCCUUCUUCCUAUGCCUCUCCUAUUUUAUGCUAUUCAUUUUAAGUAUCGUCCUCCCUAUACAGAUUGACUAUCCAAUCCUUCCCUUUGUUUGAUCUCCCAUUUGCCACAUUUUCCAUAACUUUGAUGCUGCAUUCCUGUUGUACCUUUGCAAUCAAUUUCUGUGGUAGAGUUACUUUAUUGUCCCAUAGGGCUUCAUUUCUAGUUUUCCAGAUGUCGUAUACUAGUGCUGUUAGAACUGCCAUGAUGAACUCCCUGCAUUUUCUACCUUGUGCUUUCCUUAUCAUCCUCUUCCAUAACCCCACUCCUUCCCUGUUGUGUAUAUUGAUCUUCAUCCAUUGUAGGAUCCCAUCCAGGCAAGUGCUUGAGAGGUGACAUUCAAAAAACAAGUGAGCAGUUGUCUCUACAGCAUUGCCACAUACUACACAGAGGUAAUCUUGGGAGAUGCCAAAUCUGAACAAUCUUUCUUUGAUCUGCAGCCUUUGAUGGAUUGCUAGCCAAGCAGCUAUGUUUUGGUAUAUUCAUCUUACGCCAUAUCCAUCUCCUCCAUGCCUGUUCCUCUAGUGUUUUCCUGGGCCAUUUGUAUCCACUAUCUACUGUGUAUUUCCCAGCUGCUUCUAACCAUCCAUUUUGCACGUAUCCAGCAUUCAUCUUUUCCCUUAUUGCAUAGAUCUUCUUCCAAUACCAACUGCAGUCUGUAGGGGGUAUGUAUUCUCUCCAUGGUGUCUCUUUCAGAUAAAUGUGGUUGAUCCACUUAACCCAUAGGUUAUCAGCUUUCAUUGCAAUAUUCCACACAUGCUUGCCUACAGCACCAUCAUUCCAUGUCAAUCCAUCCAAAAUUCCUAGACCUCCUUCUUACCUGUCUACACACUAGGUCCCAUGCUACUAGAGGAACCUUGUUUGUAUUUUCUGUACCUCCCCAUAAGAAACUUCUACAUAUGGCAUUGAUACUCUUCAUCACUUUCCUUGGUAGUAUGAACAUGGAAGCCCAGUAUGAAUGCAUGUGCAUCUACACUGAGUUUAUCAGCUACACCCUGCCUGCAUAUGAUAAAUUCCUUGUGCCCCAUGAUUUGAUCAUGAUGCUCAGUUUCUCUAUUAAAACUUCACAGUCUAUGGCAUUUAGUUUCUUUGAAGAGAUGGGCACUCCUAGGUACUUAAAUGGCAAGCUGCCUCUUUUGUAGCCAGUUAAGUCACACAGGUCCUGCACGUCCUGCUGGGUCAUGUUUGCAGUAUAUAUAUUAGACUCUGAGGCAAUUGUAGCUAGUCCUGAUGCAUUUGUUAAUGAUUUUGACCCUCUUAACAUCCA